AUGGGACGGGCGGUGUUCGUCACGUUCUUCGGCAGGUUGCCGCACGAACUGGAACACACCCACGAAUCUCCUCCGGUAAUGACCGUGCCUCUGGUGCUCCUGGCCAUCCUGGCAAUCGGGUUCGGGCUGAUCAGUUGGAACUGGCCCGGUGCCUUUGGCGGGUUCGGCUACUUCGUCUUCUACCACGAGGGCCAUGGGUUCGAAUUCACCUGGUGGAUUGGCAUACUGUCAGGGGUGAUGGCGGUGGGCUCGUUUGUGUUCACCUACCUGAUCUAUGAGAGGCGCAGCAUCUCGCUGGACUCCACGCGGGAGAGGUUCGGCGCAAUUCUCCGGAUAGUUGAGAACAAGUACUAUUUUGACGAGAUCUACCAGUGGACGAUCGACCGUGUCGUUCUGGUCAUAGCCAAUUUCGUGGGUUUCUUCGACAGGGCGAUCGUCAACGACGUGGGCAUCAACGGUCCGGCGGACGUGGUGCGCCGCCUGGGGAUCACCCUGCGCCUGCACGUCACUGGACACCUGUACAGCUACGCCCUGGCCAUGGCGCUGGGCACGAUCGGACUGGCAAUUUUCUGGUGGCUGAUAACCUCGUGA